GAAUUUUACAGAUCGCCAAUGUCGCCUUCCGCGGACUCCAAUCAGCACCUUGUGUUCGAGUCACAGUCUCAGUCACUUCCUAACUGUGGUAAACUGUGUCAUAGAGGAGAAUUGUGUUUUUCCUUCACCUUUGACACAAAUCAGAACACUUGUCGAGGCUAUAAAUCAUCAGUCACAACAACACCCAUCCCCUUCUCCACAGGGUCAGCGAAUUAUUUCGUUAAUACAGGAUUGUUGACAUCCCUUGGUUUCCAAAUGUUAUCAAACAGCGGCACGUUCUACAAGGUGACCGAACUUGAAUUGUGCCAGACAAGUGCAGUCGAUUUCUGCGCCCAACAGUACUCGGGGCUGAUGCGGAUUAAGUCGGAGUCUGAAAUGUUAAAUUUACAGAAUGUCAUUGCCGGAAACACCAUUCUAGCAACAGACCACAACCAGUUGUUCGUGUCUGGUACGUAUAUGUUGUCAGAAUGGAGGUAUGCUGAUUAAUCGGAAGUUAUUGACAGCGUUCUUUGGUCGCCUAGCAACCCUGACCCGGGUCAGGGUCACUGUGUCAUGAUGACACCAACAGGUCUGGAAAGUGUGAACUGUACAGCAGAACUCUUCUCCAUUUGUGAAUUCUUUUGAUAAUAUUGAAAGAUUUCGAACCAGGUGGAAAUCAAACUCCAUGGGAAAAUCCCCAUCGUUCUAGAUCAAGAUUCUGUUGAUAUAUGAAUCUGAGCAAAAAUCUAUGUUACUCUUUUCCGUACAUAUCGUUGUUUCUACCACAGUAGGUGGGUUUUGUUCCACGCCCCAGGCACGGAAUAAUCAUUACCGUUUAAUAACAUUCAGUUUAUACCACACGUGGAAUAAACUCUAAAUCCGUUUUGAUUGGAUGACACGGUGACCUUUGGCGGGGCUAUUUUUUAAUCAAGUGGUUCAAUGCAAUUUGAUUAGCUAACACUUGAAGGCCGAUUCACGAUGUCCUGUAAAUGAUAACGCAUUUCGCAGUUAUUAUGCUAUAU